UUUUUUAGUCGAAGAACUUCAAAAAUAUAAAGAAAAUUUAAAAAGAAUAAUAACAACAAUAGAUACAGCAUUAAAUACAAUGGAAAAUAAUGAAAAUAAUUUAGUAGAAGAAAAAGAAGGAGAAAAUAGUUUAAAUAAAAAUAAAUUAAUUAAACAAUUAAUUAAAGAUAAUUUUAAAAUUAAAAGUGCAAUAUCUUCCUCAUUACCUAAUUGGAGAUCUAAAUAUUUAUUAAAUAGAAUUAAUUCUUUUAAUAAAAAUGUUGAAGAAAAUAUUCGAAAAAGUCCUCUUCAAUUAACAAAUAAAACAACAACAACAACAUUAAUUCCCCAAACAAAUAAUUCUGAAGAAAAUAUUACAAUAAAAACAACAUCAACAAUAAAUACAACAACAAUAAUAUCUCUUUUAAAUCAAACAUUUAUUGAAAAUAUUGGUGAAAAUAUUUCAAUAACAACAACAGAAAAAGAAGAAAAUACUCCUCAAUUUGAUAUUUUAAAUGAUUCACUAACUACUUCAACUUCUUCAUCUACCUCCAAUUCAAAACCCAAUAUUUUGCUACAAUCAAAUAAAUUAUUUAUUCCAAAAAUAAUUAUUCAAAAUUCUAUUAAAAACCUAACAAGUUCUAUUCUCGAUCAAUGUAAACAUUUAAGUCAACCAGAAUUAGUAGAGGAAUUAAAAAGAAAGGGAACUUACAAUCCAGAAUUAAUGGCUUGGGAUGUUAGCGGCGUUUUUAGAUUUCUAGAUCGUUCAAUUGUUGAUCAAUAUGAGAAACAAAUAAAAACACAAAAAUCUGGAGAACAAGCAAUUAAAAGAAAUAUUGAAGCUUUGGAAAAGUUACUUGGAGAAUUAAAAUUACAUUGCAAUAUUCGAACUCCAGAGGCUUUAUCAAGAUUUGGCAAUAUAACAUUAGCAAAUCCAAAACAUUCAAUAAUAUCCCCUUCAAUGCGUGGGGGUUAUUGGGAGGAAGGGGAGGAGAAUAUAAUGAUGACUAGACAAAAAAGAAAUACAAUUUUUGCUCAAAAUCUUUUCAAUUCUUCUUCUUCUGAAAGAAGAAAAAGAAGUGAUUUUAAAAAUAAAAAACAAUUAAAAUCUCAAAUAGGGGAUGUACAUAUAGUCCCUUUUGGGUGUGACAAAAGAGGAUAUUCUGAGGAUGGUUAUUUACGUUUAUGUAGUGCUUGUCAAGCAAUUAGAAAAUUACCUGGGGAUUUUUUCCCUCCUUUUAUUAACGAAGUUGUUUGCAAUGAAGAUAAAGCUUGUUUAUAUUUUUAUGAAUAUCGUUGGUUUUUUUUUAAAUUAAUUUUUUUGAAAAUUAAUUUUAAAGCACAUGGGAAAUGUAAACAAAAAUAUAUGAAUUUUGUUGUUUUGAGAAAUGUUGGAACGCCAUUAUGUCAAGUUUGGGAAAAGUUUAAUUUAAAUGUUAGAGUUUCUUGUGAAUGUUUUGUUGAUGAAAUGUCUUUUUUUGCUAAAUAUGUUUAA